ACCGAUCCGCGGUGGCGAGGGUAGGCGCGGUAGCGAGCGCCAGCGUGUGCGCCGUCGUGGCGGGGGCGGUGCUGGCCCAGUACAUUUUCACCUUGAAGAGAAAGACGGGCCGGAAGACCAAGAUCAUCGAGAUGCCUAUAUCCAAGCCCUGCAUCUCUGGAUACUGCUUACUAUCUAUGCUGUUGUUCUAGGACAUAUUCAAGGACAGAGGAACUCAGAGUACUCUAAGGAAGAUUGGAUAACCAAGAAAUGCCUAAUCAAGAUUCUGCUGUACAUGUGAAAAUGAUGCCAGAAUUCCAGAAAAAUUCAGUUCACAUCAAGAACCCUACAAGAGUAGAAGAAAUUAUCUGUGGUCUUAUCAAAGGAGGAGCUGCCAAACUUCAGAUAAUAACAGACUUUGAUAUGACACUGAGUCGAUUUUCCCACAGAGGGAAAAGAUGCCCAUCAUGUCAUAAUGUCAUUGACAACUGUAAGCUAAUUACAGAUGAAUGUCGAGAAAAGUUACUGCAACUAAAGGAAAAAUAUUAUGCUAUUGAAAUUGAUCCUGUUCUUACUGUAGAAGAGAAGUACCCUUAUAUAGUAGAGUGGUAUACUAAAUCACAUGGUUUGCUUGUUGAACAGGCUUUACCAAAAGCCAAACUUAAAGAAAUUGUGGAAGAAUCUGACAUUAUGCUCAAGGACGGAUAUGAGAAUUUCUUUGAUAAGCUGCAACAAUACAGUAUUCCUGUGUUCAUAUUCUCAGCUGGUAUCGGUGAUAUACUAGAGGAGGUUAUCCGUCAAGCUGGUGUUUAUUAUCCAAAUGUCAAAGUAGUGUCCAACUUCAUGGAUUUUGAUGACAAUGGGCUGCUCAGAGGAUUUAAAGGAGAACUAAUUCAUGUGUUUAACAAAGAUGAUGGAUCCUUGAAGAAUACGGAAUAUUUCAAUCAACUAAAAAACAAUAGCAACAUAAUUCUGCUGGGAGACUCCCAAGGGGACUUAAAAAUGGCAGAUGGAGUAGCCAACGUUGAACACAUUCUGAAAAUUGGAUAUCUAAAUGAUAGAGUGGAUGAGCUUUUAGAAAAGUACAUGGACUCUUAUGAUAUUGUUCUAGUAAAAGAUGAAUCAUUGGAUGUAGCCAACUCUAUCUUACAGAAGAUUCUAUAAACAAGCAUUCUUCAAGAAGACCUCUCACCUGUGGGUGCAAUUGAUGCAAGAGCUGCUCAUCUGUUCAUCUUGUUAAAAGAUUUUAUUUAUAAUAUAUUCUUGAUCUUGAAGUUUUUCCUCUAUAUUGCUGAAGUAUUUUCAGAUUUAUUGAAUCCAUCAAGUGGAAGGUCCUUUUUCUCCAUCUCUCUCAACACACUCCUCACUAUAUUUUUUAACAGAUUAAAAAAAAACUUAGAGCAAAAAUUUGAAGAAUAACUCCCUACAUUUCCAUAGUGAAUUUUGUAGCUUAAUGUUAUUAUGACAUUUUUGAGAAGUCUUUUUACAUUGGGAAAGUUUGUAGAUGUUUAAAAAGUUUUAUGAAAUGGUGAAAUAAUGUGCAUGAUUUUAAGUGUUGUCAUUUUUAUAAUUUGGGUGAAUUAUGCUGAUGGAUUAACCAUCUCCUAAAAUUGUGUUAUGUAUGGUUAUUUUGUUUGGUGAAAAUCGAUAUUUACCAAAAAACAUUGGCACUUGAUGUUUGAAAAAAAAUCUAUUGGUAUCUACAUGCCACUAAUCAUUACAGAAUGUUCUAUAUUGAAGCACUGAUGAUAAAAAUGAAAUGAAAAGCCUUUUUAA